UACGAGUGACUUUCCGCAGAAAUGCCGACACGUUGAUUUCGCUAAGACCUAAACACAGCCAAAAAUAAAUUUAUAUUAUUGGGGUGAAAAAAGGGCAGAAAAUGUUUGGCGUUAUUGGCAGAGCUAAAAGGGGUGAAUUAAAAAAAUGUGGCUUUGAUGAUGCGCUAGAUGUAAUUGGUUUCGGCAAGUACAACGUGCUGAUGCUGGCAACAUGCUGCCUGCUGAUCCUGGCUAUGUACCUGGACAUCUUUGGCUUCUCCGUAGUGCUUCCCGCUGUCGCGUGUGACAUGGAACUGAGUACCGACCAGCAAGCCAUAUUGCCGGCGGUACCGCUUAUAGGUGUGAUGUGGUCGUCGUACUGCUGGGGCCUGGCCGCAGAUACCCUGGGCCGCCGGAGGACCCUCCUGACAGCUAUGCCAGUCGGCGCUGUCCUCAACUACGCUGCUACCCUCGCCCCUGGAUACAACACCCUGGCUAUUAUCAAAUUCUUUUCGGCUAGCUUUACAUCUUCAGCCAACGCAGCAGCAUUCGUGCUAGUCGGGGAGAGCGCGCCGCGACGGCUUCGAAGCAGGGUCAUGUUCCUCAUGGCCAGUGCUACUAUGUUCGUCCAACUCAUUAUAUGCGCUUUAGCCCUGCCAAUCUUCCACCUGACCUUCCGCACGCACAUAUCCUGGCUGGGCCUGGACUACCGGCCAUGGAGACUGCUCAUGCAGAUCAUCAGUCUACCUGGUGUCUUUGGAGCGUUGGGCAUGGCUUGUCUUCACGAGAGUCCUAAGUUUCUGCUAAGCAAGGGCAGAGAUGCAGAGGCACUUGAGGCCUUGGCGAGCAUGUAUAGUGUGAAUAGUGGGAAGAAGAUGGAUGAUUUUCCUGUGUCGACAGUCUACUUAGAGGACGAAUCACGUCCCGACGACAACGACCAGUCCUUCGGACGAAGGAUGUGGCACCAAACUGCUCCGCUUUUCAAGCCGCCAUUACUAAAGAACUCCCUCAAAUUAUACUACUUACUUCUUUGCGCGUUUAUGACAUCGACCGGAUUCACCAUGUGGGUGCCGACAUUGACGAACGCAUAUUUUGAUGGCGCAGACAGCUCCGGUCAGACAUUUUGUCAGGUAGCCAGUCGAGCUGCCACUUCUUCAAAUUCGAGUUACACCGACUGCAAUGACGUCAUCCAACCCUUCACUCUCUACGCUGUCAUGUGCUACUCCGGCUCCACUGGCGUGUUCGCCAUCCUGCUGUCCUUCAUCGUGGUUCCUCUCGGAAAGAAAUGGACCACUUUGCUAGUGUUUGCCGUGUCGGCUGCAGCGGGUGUAAUGUUGCUGGUCAUAACGCUGCCUAUCCUGAGCAUAGCGUUAUUCUAUCUGUUCCUCCAUGUGGCGCUCAUUUUGGGCAAUGUUAAUACGUUUUUGGUGGAAUUGAACCCUACUCAUUUGAGAGGCAUGGCAACAUGCCUAUCGGUGGUGGUGGCUCGAGGGUUCGGCUUCGUCAGCGUGCAGCUGAUCGCGACCCUGCUGGCUGACCACUGCUUGCCCAUGAUCGGAGGCUACGUCGCGCUAGUUAUAUCGGGAAUGCUUGUUGCGGUUUUCCUACCGCCUGACAAAAUUAAAGGGAAACAAUUUUCAGAAAAACAAAACGCGUCUUUUCAGUCAGCGCAGGCUCAUAAUAAGGACUAGGGGACUGGUUUUAAGCAUAGAAAUAGUAAUUCCUUAAGGUAUGAAAUAAUUAAAAUAUUUCAGUAAAAGCAAUACAGU